GCCACGGGGUUCAAAACGUGGGAAAAAAGUAGCGGCUUAUAGUCCGGAAAAUAUGGUAUAUUAUUUUUUAUUUGAUUUUUUUAUUUGAUAAACGAUGUUCAAUAUGUCUAUUAUUAACAUUUCACUUCACAAUCUGUCAUCCUGUCUCUUUUCACUUUCCUCAUCUCAAACAUUCGAUUACCAGCCAGGUGUCAGGUAUCAGUGGGAUUUCGUUUAUCUCGAUCUAAAAAGAGCAAUGCAGCAUUGAUUUAGUUUUUUUAUCUAGAUCUCACACAUGCUCAUCUGUUCUCAAUGCUCAAGCAGGUCAAUGUCCACUUUAUGGCACAUCAGGAGCCAAACAUCUCUGCCCAUCCGGCUUUUCAAGCCGAGUUGUACAUCUUAUGCACAGUGAGCAGAGUUAAACACACUCUCGAGCUCCAGUUUCUCUUUACAGCGUCCUGCUUACAAAAGGUGAUUGCUGUCAUGAUCGAAGUUAGCAGUGAUCUGCAAUGUGCAUGUGCAAGAUGAAUAAUCAUUGCUCUAGGAUGGAAACCUGGAAUGACUGGGAAAGUAGAGAACCAGUGCCAUGAAAGUGAUUAAUAAACUGGAUCUGUUGAGUUUGAUCAGCUGAUAUAAAUACUCUGCAACGCUCAGUUUGUUCAAGUCGAUCCAUGCAGGGGACUCAAUCCCAUCAGCACAAACCUGACCGGAAUAACAGAAAUAAAACACCAACCAAAAAGAUUAGAACCACAUUUACUAAGCAUGUUUCGAUGUAAAUAAUGUAAAUGUAAUAUGAUUUAGGGCGUUCUUUCACAAAUUAGAUGUUUUGUCCUCAACUGUAUGUUUAGAUGUGCACUGCUGAUAAGGAUAUUUUUUAUAAAAAAAGCUCCAUAACCAUAUUCAGUGUUUUUUUUAUAUCAUUUUUUUUAUUUAUAUUGUUUUGUCUACCAUACUUUUGUAAAUUGCAUUCCUUUUGGUUGAUCUUAUUUGGUGAAGAACAAAAUAAACUCAGUGGGUUGCACUGCAUUGUGGUCUGCAUGUCAUUACUCAUUAUCUAUAUUAACAUGAGGGAAGAGGGGCUACCAACACUUUACAAAUCCUCAGAAAAUGUAAAGAACAUUUUAUACAGAUACCAAACAAGUCUGGAGGCACACAAGUGUAAACAAGUGUUUUUGAAUACGGUAGAAUUACAAAACCUCCCCUUAAUUUGAUCUAUAAGACACACACACAGCCUGUAAUGUGCGACAGCAUCAAUUUCAGUAACAGGAACCUGAAACGAUAAGUAGUCGGUUUGUAUUUGGUCUAAUGUCACUAGUGUCAGUGAUGCAUUUUGAGAGCUUAUCAGUCAAACAUAAAAACAAUGCUAGUUUAUAAAUCACAAAUCUCCCAUCAACUGAACUUAAAUAUUUUGGGGAAAAACACAUUUUGUUUUAGUCUAAUAAUUUAAUACUGAAUUAGAAAUCGAUCCCUAUCUCCUGUAUAGUAUUGGGAGUGGGCCAUUUUGUAGUUGUGUCCCAAUCAUUUCCUACAUUAAUUCACUCAUUUGUACCCACAAUGCAGUCUGUUCCCCAUACUGCAACAGGGCAGUGCAAAAGAAAACUAUGGAAAAGUAGAGUAAACAACCCAAAAACACACAAUGUAUGUUUGUAUUCUUGUUUAUUCUUGAUUUAUUUUUUUUAACAAAUAAUAUAAAUGUGGGCAACAUUUUUUUUUUAAAUAAUGUUUUAUAUUCAAUCUAUUUUUCUGUAUAAUAAACAUAAUGGUGAACAAACCUGACAAAAAUAAAGUACACACCACACUACAGAUGUUAAUACAGAGGGUGUAAUGUUUAUGAAGAAAUUGUCUGUGACUGCCUUUUACCUCUGCCACACAAUAUUUACAUCAGUGAUCAAUUCACUUCUCCAUUUACAUUCCCUUCUUGCUAUAGUAAUUGAUUAAGUAAAUGAGUUUACCAAAGACAAUUCAAUUGUGGCUGUGCCUCACCUGCUAUAUGUCAAUAAAAAGUAAAUAAUAAAAUGUGAAAUUAUAUAUAUAUAUAUAAUGUAUUUUUAAUAAAGCUUUUCAAACAAUUCUCUAUGGUUAUGAUAAUUUUUUGUCAAAUUCUCCAAGUUUGCCAAUAAUUCCCAGGAAGGCACAAUAAAGUGAAGAAAACUCUGCCUCACCUCGGAAUGCACGAUCUCAUUAAAAUGUAACUGAGCAGAGGGAAUAAGUGAGUUGGCACUUGACUGUAUGAAUAUCACCAAUAUAUUUUUUGUAGACCUCUUAUUUGCAUGUCAUAACCUUCCAUCAUCCAGGUAACUUAUUUCACAUAUCUGUGUACAAGAUAUUUAGGCUUGUUGUUAUCAGGAAAACUGACAUUUAUAAAAUAGUACUAUUAGAGGUAGCCUUUACCUCUGCUGCAACGAUGAGGACAUGCAAGAGCCUAAGUACUGAUGACUCUCCAUUUUAAUUUCACUUUAUUGGUAACAUUUCACAGUUGGUAGUGUAAGGAAAAAAAAUAUGAGGACAAUGAAGAUGUUUAUUACAGCAUAGCAGUUACAAAAUACAUAAAGCACUUUGGGUUUGUCAAAGUCAAAAAGAAUAUUGGACAAUACCUGCUCAGAUAUUUUAUACUGUUCCUCUGAUUUGUAAUUUAAAUGGGAUUUAGCUUUAAAUCCAAAUAAAGUGUAAGUAUUUAGUAGUGGCCCAAAUGACCGGGUGAUUCUAUUGUCUAGUCGAAUGUCUGUAAAUCGUACUUGAGGUCACAUACACCUUUGUUUUGUAUUGUUAUAGACAUUAUUACCUAAUUGUUCAGGUGAUAGUAUUGUCUGGAAGGUAAUCAUGUUCAGGUACACCUUUAGUCAGAGGUGGUCCUUGCUGUCCUGCUGCCGGUCCCAUACUAAGAUUGACUAAAGGUUAUUCACCUGAAUUUCUACACAUACCACCUCUAUGUUAUUUAAACCAUUUUGGCUCAUUAAGCUCAUUGGAGUGGAAUCUGGGGCUGUAAUUUCUUACAGUGGAUUUGGAAAUACAAAUAGAAAAUACAAAUCUGCCCUACAAUUCUACAACAAAAUAACAGACGUGUUUGUACAGACGAAUACUGUAGGUGUAUUUAAUUUAUAUAUACAAGACUAUGCAUUUUUAUUUGUGUCGAAUGAGGGAACAGAUCCUUUCCUUUCUAGAGACAGAUCCAAUUCACAGACAGAAAACCACGCAGAGAAACGGAGAAUAAAUCGUGGCUCAAGUGGGCUAUUAAAUAAGAAACAUAACACGGCCUAAACAAACUCAAAUGAGAAUUUACUCAUUUCAUCUCUUUGGAGUUCGUAUAUGCAGAUAUGUGUAAAUGUGGCUCUGUCGAUCCAGUGCUUCGGCCGGCCCUGACCCUCACUGUAUGUCACUGGAGCGUCCCGUUUUCUGCAUGUCAUUGAAUAAUGCUUUUAUUACGCAUUUUCUUCACACAUUAAAAAUUGUUUUGUACAAAUAGUGUACAAAUGUGUUGUAGAGCAGGAGUCCAUAACCACCGACCCGCAGACCGGUCCCGGGCCGUGGAUCAUUUGGUACCACAGAAAGAAUCUAUACUUUAAAAUGUUUAUUCUAUUUCCAUUUUAUUGACUUUCGUGGUCUGCAUUGUUACACUCUUUUAUUUGAAGAAUAAGCACUUGGCCUAUGGCGAUUUCCUGCACUCGUUCAGUCGCAGUUUUAUUGUAUGCAUUGAUAAAUGAGGCUACAUUUUUAUUUUGGAUUUAGAUUGAAGACACUGUUGUAAAUCAUGUUUUUUUCCAAAGGUGGCAUUGCUUUCCCUGGGUUUGAUCUGUAGCAAGUAAAGAAUAAGUGUAAGGUGUUUUGGGAGCAGACUGCAAGCCGAUCUGUCCUGCUCUAACUUUCUCUAGGGCGCUUUUAUUUUGAAAUCCACCUUCACUCUGUCCUCACGCAGUACUCUGAGGUUAUUCCGACAUGGCGUCUGCGUCCCAAAAGCGUAAAAUUGACUCCCUGAAUGCUUUUAUCCACCAACGAUUGAACAACAUCGCAGGAGAAAUAUGUCAGGUUUUUCAGGAGACCCUGGCCGCCUACCAAGAGGAAAUAAACCAGUCCAAACAGGAAAACGUUCAUCUCAGGAACAUGUUGGCUGAAUUCACCCUCCACAGAACAGAUCGGAUAGAUGCACAAACGAGCCAAGCCGAUGGAUUUCCUCCAGAGAAGCAAAACUUGAGCCAAGCAUCAAUGGACCCCGAGGCGUCAGUAAUACAAGUAAAACUGGAGCUUAGUACCACGCAGCAGGACCUCGAACUACCAAAGCAAUCGUGUCCUACACUCGCCUGCAGCCCUGCGGCGUCUGACAGAGAUAAAGACACAUCACCUGAUCGUGAAAUCUCAGAUGAACAGCGAAGUCACACUGAUGGAGUCUCUGUUCCUCUUAAACAGCCGACCUUCUCCCAGGAGCCACAAAACUGCAAUCCUUCACAAAUUCAAGUGAAGCUGGAGCCUUUCACUGGACAUGAGUCAGAGGAGCGACUGAAUAAUACAUCUUCGUUCUGUUCCUCUCCUGCAAGGAUAGCCGGUACACAGGGAUCACCUCACUCAUUUUCUCUUAAACCGGCGAAUGUCCAGGCAAAAAAGGCCCACUGUUCCAGCACAAGGAGCGCUGUAGCAGUCACGAGCAAACCCCUAAUGUGGAACCGUACAGGAUCCUCCUCUAAUAUCUCGUGCACGCCUGGGAAAAGCGAAACUCGGUUCGAACCCGCUAUAAAAAACGAGCCUGUUCAGCCCGCUUCUCAAUUCGAGAAACCGCCGAACGACGUUUCUCCUCCCAAAUCUCGCUUGCAGGGUCAAGUUCCUUACCGGUCGUUUUACUGCGACAUGUGCAGAAAGGCAUUCCAGAACGAAUGGCAAUUGAAAAGGCAUUUGCUGAAGCACCAGAACAAGCGGCCGAACUGCUGCGAGUUGUGCGGGAAGUGCUACAGUACACCUCACGUGCUCAAGAUCCACUUUCGAACUCACACGGGAGAGCGGCCGUAUCACUGCAAGUUCUGCGAAAAGACGUU